GUAUCUGGUGUUCAUUUGACUUGUGAAGAAGAAACGGUUUGUGCUUCUGUCCAUUGCAAAAUGUCUCAUCCUGUGCUCCCAUGGAGCAUAACAUCCCAACAUGUAUAUCUGCAGUUUACUAGACUUUAUAGUGCUCUUAUCAGUGUGCUAGCACAGACCUUUUGUGGAAUGGGGGGUGAGGGAAUUGUAUAUAAUGUGCCUCGCUGAUUUCCCAUCUCUUGAAAUCUCAUGGUUCCUCUCUCCUGCCUCUGCCUCUCUCUCUUUAAAAAAAGUUAUUUUCCUCUCUCUUGUUGAUUUCAUAUGAGUGAUUGCUUUAAUUUAUUCCCCUUGCAAUGGCCUGCACCACCGCUACUCUCAGGGAUUGACGAUGUAUAUUGUCUACCUUUCUGGGCUAUUUUGCUCCAGAGAGGAUACAGAGAUGCCGUUAAAAAAAGAAAGGGAAAAAGCCUGUACGAUGUUGCAUUGUGCGUAAGAAAGAGGUGAGCAGGGAUACAGGGUGAGUUAUUCAUAGCAUCUGUUUCUCAGGCAGGGCGGAGACCAAACAUCACCUCGCUACAAGCUUCAGAAUUGGAGUCACAUAGGGUCAAGGGGAGCUGAAACACUCACACGCCUAUAAUCUCUUAAGUGCUACAAAAAAAAAUGAAAUAAAGCAAAAUAAAUAAACAAUCCUUUCAGGCAUUGCAGAAAAUCUGCUGAGCACAGAUCGUGAAACCCUGUUGGGAAAUAACACUUGUUCUCAGAAAAGCAGUAAUUUAUUUCCCGUGCUCUUCAGAGAUGGUAGCAUUGUGGGAAAGUAGAAAUGUUGUACGCCUCAUGCACAGGACCCGUUCCUAGAAGGAGUUUAACCCACCCAUUCAACGAUAUUAUCAAUACCGUAUCCCUGUGGGGAAUGAAAUCUCAGAGGUUCCCCAAGUAUCACCCACUGCUUUGAGGGUCUACCAAUAUUGUAAGUGUUAUGUACUGAGUUGAAUAGGAUCCAGAAUGCAGCAGUCUGAUUGGUCCUAGAACAAUAGGAUCCCGAAUGCAGCAGUCUGAUUGGUCCUAGAACAAUAGGAUCCCGAAUGCAGCAGUCUGAUUGGUCCCAGAGCAAUAGGAUCCCGAAUGCAGCAGUCUGAUUGGUCCUAGAACAAUAGGAUCCAGAAUGCAGCAGUCUGAUUGGUCCUAGAACAAUAGGAUUCAGAAUGCAGCAGUCUGAUUGGUCCUAGAACAAUAGGAUUCAGAAUGCAGCAGUCUGAUUGGUCCUAGAACAAUAGGAUCCAAAAUGCAGCAGUCUGAUUGGUCCUAGAACAAUAGGAUCCAAAAUGCAGCAGUCUGAUUGGUCCUAGAACAAUAGGAUCCCGAAUGCAGCAGUCUGAUUGGUCCUAGAACAAUAGGAUCCCGAAUGCAGCAGUCUGAUUGGUCCACAGGAGCCACCCAAUCCAGCUCCAAAUGGAAGUGAAUCUGCAACCUGAUUGGCCUACAGGAGAAUGCCGGAAUUAGCCAAUCAUGUGGGGCCCAUUGUGUAAAUAAUGUAUAUAAAGCAGACAUUCUGGGGGAACUUCCAUUCCUCCUCACCACUAUGAGCUGAAUAAAGAGCAUGAAAUCCUCUCUCGACUCUGAGUAUAUUUCAGUAAGGCACUAGGAAAACCCAUACCCGCUACCCUGCGGGAUAUUUUUGGGAGAAGAAAAGCAACACAAAUCCAAAGCAGAGUCCCAAAGAUGGUUGGAUGGAGUCUUGUAUACUUCUUCCAGAUACUCCUGCAGCCAAGCUGGUGUAAAAUGUAUUGAUCUGCUUUCCUCUGGAGCACAUCAGUGAGGCCGAGAGGAGGGUGGGUCUUGCUGUCUGGGCAGCUCAGGACCUCCAUACACACUGCCCAGGCUUGCGUCCCAGGAAGGUCACUUUGGUGCCACUAACACAGCAAAAGCAACAUGAGAAGCAGUUACGAGUUGCCAGUCUCUACAGCCACUGUGAUUCUCCAGCGAUUUGACUUCACCCCUGGAGGUGCACUCCGCUGUCUCUCAAGACGCCGACGAAGCAGGCGGCUUUGUAGCAAGGAAAAAGAGCCCUGCUAAAUUUGACCAAAACCUUAAUUACUACUGUGGGAAGGUUAAGGAUAGUAGGAAAGGAUAUACAGUGGUACCUUGGGUUACAGACGCGUCAGGUUACAGACGCUUCAGGUUACAGACUCUGCUAACCCAGAAAUAGUACCUUGGGUUAAGAACUUUACCUCAGGAUGAGAACAGAAAUCACGCAGCGAUGGUGCAGCAGCAGCGGGAGGCCCCAUUAGCUAAAGUGGUACCUCAGGUUAAGAACAGUUUCAGGUUAAGAACGGACCUCCAGAACGAAUUAAGUUCUUAACCCAAGGUACCACUGUACUGGAUAAAUAUUAUCCUUCCUUCACUCAUGCUAGUGAGUGAUGUAGCAGAGCAGAUUAGAUUCCCCUCAAUAUAGCAGGAAGCUAGUUUGCAGAUUCGUUUGAAUCUCUUUAGUUAAGUAAUCCAAUCUGGCUUGCUCAGAUGGACUAUUCCUGGUGUCCCCUUUCAUCCUUCUGAAGAGAAUAAAGACUUUUUCCUUAAAAGUAACAAGAAGUUUACUCACAUUUCAGUACACGAUUUGAUCCCUGAAAGGCAGGCUUUACUUAGUAGUUACAUAACAAUCUGUGAGUUCAUCUCACAUGGAGAUUGAACUUAUGUGCUGCUGGCUGAGAGCCAGCAGACAGCAAACUUACAUUGUUGUUGUUGUUGUUUAGUCGUUUAGUCAUGUCCGACUCUUCGUGACCCCAUGGACCAGAGCACGCCAGGCACUCCUGUCUUCCACUGCCUCCCGCAGUUUGGUCAGACUCAUGUUUGUAGCUUCGAGAACACUGUCCAACCAUCUCGCCCUCUGUCGUCCCCUUCUCCUUGUGUCCUCCAUCUUUCCCAACAUCAGGGUCUUUUCCAGGGAGUCUUUCUUCUCAUGAGGUGGCCAAAGUAUUGGAGCCUCAGCUUCAGGAUCUGUCCUUCCAGUGAGCACUCAGGGCUGAUUUCCUUAAGAAUGGAGAGGUUUGAUCUUCUUGCAGUCCAUGGGACUCUCAAGAGUCUCCUCCAGCACCAUAAUUCAAAAGCAUCAAUUCUUCGGUAUUCAGCCUUCUUUAUGGUCCAGCUCUCACUUCCAUACAUCACGACUGGGAAAACCAUAGCUUUAAUUAUACGGACCUUCGUCGGCAAGGUGAUGUCUCUGCUUUUUAAGAUGCUGUCUAGGUUUGUCAUUGCUUUUCUCCCAAGAAGUAGGCGUCUUUUAAUUUCGUGGCUGCUGUCACCAUCUGCAGUGAUCAUGGAGCCCAAGAAAGUAAAAUCUCUCACUGCCUCCAUUUCUUCCCCUUCUAUUUGCCAGGAGGUGUUGGGACCAGUGGCCAUGAUCUUCAUUUUUUUUAUGUUGAGCUUCAGACCAUAUUUUGCGCUCUCCUCUUUCACCCUCAAUAAAAGCUUCUUUAAUUCCUCCUCACUUUCUGCCAUCAAGGUUGUGUCAUCUGCAUAUCUGAGGUUGUUGAUAUUUCUUCCGGCAAUCUUAAUUCCGGGUAGGGAUUCAUCCAGCCCAGCCUUUUACAUGAUGAGUUCUGCAUAUAAGUUAUAUAAGCAGGGAGACAAUAUACAGCCUUGUCGUACUCCUUUCCCAAUUUUGAACCAAUCAGUUGUUCCAUAUCCAGUUCUAACUGUAGCUUCUUGUCCCACAUAGAGAUUUCUCAGGAGACAGAUGAGGUGAUCAGGCACUCCCAUUUCUUUAAGAACUUGCCAUAGUUUGCUGUGGUCAACACAGUCAAAGGCUUUUGCAUAGUCAAUGAAGCAGAAGUAGAUGUCUUUCUGGAACUCUCUAGCUUUCUCCAUAAUCCAGCGCAUGUUUGCAAUUUGGUCUCUGGUUCCUCUGCCUCUUCUAAAACUUACAUUAAGAGAAGAAAAUGGCUGCAGGAGAGCAGCAAGUGAGAGAUCAAGCAAGAGAGAGAUCGAGAGAGAGAAAAUGGCUGCGUGACUCGAUCACGCAGAUCACGCAGAUCACAUGCAGUGGGAGGAUGCUCCAGACCAGUGGAACAGGAAGUUACACUGACUGGAUGUCCCCUUGCCUGUGCCCACUCUAGGGAAAUAAGGAAUGUUGUACUUGACUGUUCCAAAGGAUCAUAUCCCACAACUACAUGAUCCUGUGAGCUGCAGCAGCCAGCUCUUAUAAUUUCUUCUCUACUUUUUGAUUGUAAUUUGAAGUUAAGUCUUCAAGCUGCUUCACAUUUUGUUGUCUUACUUCUUUUCAUAGCUGUCAACUUACAGAUUUGAAAAUAAGGGACCAGCAGCCUUGAAAAUAAGGGACCAGCAGCCAAAAUAAGGGACCUGCAGCCUCACCUGUUCCAGGCACUCCAUGGACUUCCUGUCCUCUUGCAGUCUGGUCAAACUCAUGCUGGUAGCUUCGAGAACACUGUCCAACCAACUUUGUAACCAGAGGUUCAACUGAAUAGAAUCUGAAUCACAUGCACCACAAGGCCUAUGCAGCCUCAACUUAAGAUGGCUCCCCAGCCUGGCUUUGCACUGCAAAGUUUGUGGUAGCACGUGCAACAAUAUGGCAUCCAGCAUUCAAAACCCCCUCUCAGCUUGCAUUAACUAGCCACACACAAGGCAUGCAAGCUCCACCCCCCAGUCGUUCUUAGACUUCUUAUUGGGUGAGCAACACAGCCAAGCAACACAGUUGGAGCCUCCCUCCUCCCUAGCCGGCAGGGAGGGAGGGAGAGGAGCUGCUUCCUUUGAAAUUUAAGGGACAUCAUUUAAGGGACAUUUAAGGGACAUCCAUCAAUAAGGGACAGCAGCGGGACAUGGCGCUGGAAUAAGGGACUGUCCCUUCAAAUAAGGGACACUUGCCAGCUAUGCUUCUUUUUUUAUCACCGUUGGCUUUUAAAAAACCAGAUUUUUUAAAAUUUUGCAAAGCACCUUGACAACUUUUGUUAGAGGGCAAGCAUAUAAGUAGAAACAAUUAAAAAACACACAAAUAUUUACCCAUCUAACCAAUUCCCCCUAAAUUGUGGCUAUGUAAUGUUGACAAUGACAAAGAGAGAGCCAAAAGCCUCAUAAACUGAAGCUUAUUUAACAUGGGAGAAAAGGCUCAUGUAUGUCAGAGAUCUGGCAAGUACUUUCAGUGAUGCAUUUCAGCUGGCAAUUAAAAACAUUUCUGUUCACCCAGGCAAUUGCAGCUUGUUGACUGCUGCCUCAUUUGCUCUUUGUUUACUGUGUUUAUCCUGUGAUUUAUGCUUUGUAUAUUUUGAUGUGGUGUAAUGAAGCUUAUGAUAUUGUUUAAAUUAUUUGCUGUAAACUAUUUUGCUAAGUCAUGUGAAAAGUGGUAUAUAAAUAGAUGAAUAAUAAUGUAACACAGUAAUUAUUAGUAGGGCUCUGCCAAAAUUUUUCAGAAAAGACGUUUUUGACAUUUUUAAAAAAACCUCUUUUUCUUUUUUAAAAUGCUUUUUAUUAAAUUUGUCAUUGGUUAUUGAUAUACAUAUUCCAAUUCCUAUAUACCGUAUUUUUCACUUGAUAAGACACACCAGACCACAAGACACACCUAGUUUUUGGAGGAGGAAAACAAGAGGAAAAAAUUCUGAAUCUCAGAAGCCAGAACAGCAAGAGGGAUUGCUGCGCAGUGAAAGCAGCAAUCCCUCUUGUUGUUCUGGCUUCUGGGAUAGCUGUGCAGCCUGCAAUCGCUCCAUAAGAUGCACACACAUUUCCCCUUACUUUUUAGGAGGGAAAAAGUGAGUCUUAUAGAGCAAAAAAUAUGAUAUAUAUAUAUAUAUAUAUAUAUAUAUAUAUAUAUAUAUACAGUAUAUAUACAGUAUAUAUAUAAACCAGACAAUAUCCAUAUUUAUUCACAAGUGAUUUCUUCAAAAUACUUGUUUGCAAGCUCCUCACAAACUGCUGGAGAAUUUGACUCCUCCCCUGAAGGAUAUUUGGAGAAAUAGCCUCCCCAAUAUUUUCACCCAUGAUUAUUAUUUUUUUGUGGAUCAAGAUUUUAAAAUGUUUAAUAUUAUCCUAAAGGCUCCUACUCCCUCUUCCCUAAAGGACACCUCUUUCUCUAGCCACCAAUGUGAACUAACAAUAGGAUAAUUUUCUGAGAAAACUGCAUACCCCUAAGUGUCUCUGUUUUCCAGGGACAGUCCCGGAUUACAGAAGCCUUCUCGGUUUCUGAUUUGAUCCUGGAAUGUCCCACUUUUCACCAGAGAAAUGUUGGAGGGUAUGAAAUGGUUGGAAAGUUCCAACUUUCCCCACCGAGAAUUUUCAGCAAAAUCCCUUGCCUCAUUUCACCAGGCACAAAGGGCAUGGUGAAUUCAGGGGAUCCAUUUUCACUCAGUGAAACUUCUCACCAUGUGGCCACCAUGUCUCAAGUUAUAUUUUCAACAUGCAUGCAUUGUGCUCUAUAAUACGGUUCUAAAACCAGAAACUGCCUUGGCCUCCACAGAUCAUUAACAUGAGCAUGCCUCAAACAGAACCUAUGGAGUUAUGGUCAUGAUUUGGUACACAUGGCCUCAAGAUGGCACCUCAAGCUUUGCAGUAAAGAUGAGGGAAGGCCAGCAGUUAGCACAUUUCGUCUUCAAACGAGAAUUAACUAACGAGUAGAAUAUGUAGCUUUUGAUUCAACCCACUUCUAGGAAUACACUGGGUGGCAAAUUUCAGCUGACUUCCUUCUCGCGGCUACGAUUCUGAAGCAAUACAAGGGUUAAAUCUUGUCAAAAUGUGACAUUGACAUAAUGCUCUAGCUUUCCUACAUCAGCUAGUGUCCACCUUCCCAUAUCGGGGACAUACCUUCCAAAAUUUCCCCAGUGAAAAUAGGAACAUCCUAUUCCAUAAUAACAAUGAUUUUAUUAUUUAUUACAGCUUACAGUUCCCAGUAACUUCCACAUUGGCAUGAGGCUGUGUGCACUAACACCUUCCUGAUUCCACACAUUCCACAUUGCUUCACACAUUAAACGCUCACUUCCGUCUGAGACUCAGGAAACACCGUGACAGGAAAUGAGGCCGCCAUCAGGGGUAGCAACGGAACUGAUGAUUCACCGUGCUAGAGAAGAAACUACAAAUUUUAAAUUUGUUAGUUAUUUCUGCCAUUAGAUUCACAAAAUGAUUAGGGGUAUGCGUACCCUUGCGUACCCCCGGGGGGGGGGGGAAGCACUUCGUAACAUGAAGAACUGAACUUGAAAAUGGAAAAAUGAGAAACCGGGAGAAACCAAAAUUUACAGAGUCCAUCGUCCUUCCAUGCUUUCCCCUCACCACCAAGCUCCUUUUUGUUAGGCUACUGUGAUAUCUCUCUGCUGGGGUGGAGAGGGAUUUUUCUCAGCCUUUGGUUCUUUCCCUUCCACAUGCAGAUCAUAUUCUUCCAUUUAAUAAGCACAUUAUUAGGUGCAACAUCUGACAUUCACUCCUCUUCCCUUGCCCAUAUCAUGCUCUUUUAGGGAUAUUUCAUUCUUGUGUUAUUGCCUUCCUCAGCACCACAGGGCAUUUACAACACAAACACAUUAGGAAAGCCCUAUAUCAGCUACCGAGGGCUCGGCUCUGUUGGACAAAAUCAGUUCACAUUAACAGUAUUGAAGGCACGGGGUAUUUAGUAUGAUUUUUGGCCUUGCGCCUGGAGUUGCAGCAAGCUCACAGCAACAAAACUGCCUUUGAAAUUUUGCUGGUGCAAAGAUGUCCGCUCAGGCAACUUAGGAAACUUUGGGAUUCCCCACAGUUUAUGGAAAUUUUGUCUGCAAUUCCAUUGGUUAUAAAAACAACAAAUGGAUUGCAUUAGGUUCCAUAACAUUCCAGUUAAAAUUCAACGAUAUUUUUUAAUUCUUCGUUUCUCCUCUUCCUCAGAUGGGGAAAUGCAGAGCUUCUUUAGAAGAGAUGAGUGAUACUCUUUUUACAUGUUGCUGUCUGUGUAAUUUUUUAAAAAAAAUAACCUAUCUUGAGUGCCUUAAAUGUAUUGUGUAAGAGUAGCAACUCCUUGACAUCUCAUGGAACAUCCUUCUCUUGGAUAUCAAGGAGAUAAAGAACUACAGUGCUACCUUCGUUCUCAAACGUAACCCGUUCUGGAAGUCCAUUUCAAAACCAAAGCAUCCCAAAACAAAGGAACGCUUUCCUAUAGAAAGCAAUGCAAAACGGAUUAAUCCGUUCUAGAUUUUUUAAAACAACAAUUUAACAUGAAUUUUACUAUCUAACAAGACCAUUGAUCCAUAAAAUGAAAGCAAUAAUCAAUGUACUGUAAUAUAAAAUAAAUAAGACAGUAUUGUAGAUGAUAAAAAUUAAAAUGAAUUCUUUUUCUUACCUGAGCUGAUGAUAGUCAUCGUCUGAAUGGAGGGCUUUUAUCCAUUUCCGCAGUCACACAAACAAAUGAACCAAAAAAGCCUCAAAAACAAAAACGCAACAUAAAUAGCAAAGACAAAAGUGCCAAACUUAAUCCGUUCCGGAGGUCCGUUUGACUCCCAAAAUGUUCAAAAAUCAAGGCACAGCUUCUGAUUGGUGCAGACGCCCCGGAAACAAUAGCCAACAAGCGCAUCAGACGUUCAGCUUCCGAAAAAUGUUCAAAAACCGCCACACUUUCUUCCGAAUUUUUGGCGUUUGAGAACCAAGGUACCACUGUACACAACUUUUAGAAGACAUCUGAAGGCAGCCCUGUAUCAGGAAGUUUUUAAUGUUUGACAUUUUAUUAUGUUUUUAUAUUUUGCUGGAUGCUGCCCAAAGUGGCUGGAGACACCGAGCCAGAUGGACGGGGUAUAAAUAAUAAAAUUGUUGUUGUUUUUGUUAGCUCAGGUCACCUUAAGGCAGGUCCCCAGUUCCUAUCAGCCUCAGCCACCAUGUCCAAACAUUUGGAUGGAACCUCGUUGGCUAUGUUUGCUUUUUGAUAAGGGUGACUAUCUAUGAGAGGAAUGGAUUCAUUAUGGACUGCAAUAGCACUUCUACCUGUGCUGCUUCUUGCUGCUUUAGUUUUUUUUUUAUAAUUAAUAUUUAUUAAGUUUUCAAAGAAUAACAACAAAAAUUUCCAAAAAAAUUUGAAAAUACAAAAAACAAAAAUGAUAAAGAAAUAAAAAAGAAAACACCCAACCAUAAAGAAAAAAAGAAAAAAAGAAAAACAAAAGUAUAAAUUCAUUUACGAUCUCUGUUAACUUCCUUUCUAGACUUCCUCCUCCUCCCCUCUCUUGUUUCUUAAUUUUUAAUUUUUACAGCAAAUCCUUUCUGUUUUUUCAUAACAUUCUAUCAUUACAUUUCCUUAUUCUAUUUUCCCUCUUGUCAUAUAAAAACUUUAAAACUCAAAGCUUAUAUUCAGUAUUUACCAAAUUCUUACAUCAUUACCUUUUGCAAAUCAUUUACCAAUCAUUACUUAAGCCAUAUAAUUUCAUUCAACAUCUUUCAAACAUUUAUGAACGUUCCCAAUAUUGAAAAAUAGAAAAUAAAAUAAAAUAAUAAGUCAGACACAAUCCAGUCAACUUCCAGCGCCCUCCCCUGGACCCGGGAUUGUCAGUCCUUUUAACCUCAAUAGUCCGGCUCCUUAACCUGGUUGUCUCGUGUCCGAGGCCCUCAAAUCUCUUUCUUGCCCCUUUCGCAGCUCUUCUUGAUGUUUCCCUUUCAGUCGUGGGUACUCCAGCAGAAAGAUACUUUUGACCCUUUGCAGCAAGUCCAUCUCAUGCCCAUUGUCCAAGCCAGACAGCAGAUAAUACCACUUCAAGUUUCCUUGAAACUUGGAGGCUCCGACUACUCCAAUCCUCUGAUGGCCCAUCACCAGACUCGGAAAGUCCAGAUAACCAUAUAAAGGGGGGUCAAUCCAUCCCCCAUUUCCAAAUCUAACCACAUUUCAUCUUUCCGAAUCUGAUUUAUCCCAAGUUCAUUUAUCAAGUUCAAAGGCUGAUCCUGCCGGUCCAAAGGUCCCUCCAUCUCUGAAGCCUCCAUCACUACAGCAGGUUCAUAUACUUGUAGAUAUUUUAACUGAGUUCCAUUUACUUGCUGCUGUGCUCUGGUAACUUCCGUCAUCAAGGUCGUCUCCUGACGCAUCUGGUCCAGCUGGGCACUUAGUUUUGAAAAACCUUCCAGGAACAUUUGUUCAAGCCUUUGUACAAGCAUUAUCCUUCAAGGUCAAAGAAAAUUCUUUCCCACGAUUAUAGUCCUUCACUUUUAAGCUCUCUGCGUUGCAGUUUCACUAAAUCCCACUAGAGGGAAAACCUUUUUUUCCUUUUUUUUUUUUUAUAAAGGAGAAAAACAUCAGCAACAGUCUUUCUUUUCCAGAUACACUUUAUCCAAAGUUCCCCCUUCAAAAUUCAAGAGGCAACAGUAGAGUCACAAUGUUACCUUUCUUUUAACUAUCUGUCGAGCUGGACAAGCUUCAAAACGUCAGUUCUGACAGCCCGCUCCUGGUUCAGGGCGGUGGAAAAUUACUUUGUUUUAAACUCACUUCCGCAGGGUUAAAAGUCCAAAACAACCCCCUUCUUCUCCUGCAGUCAAAGGGGGGUUCAGAAAUCUUAGAUGUUGAAUUCUAGUUCUCUCAGAAUUUAAUUUUCAAGCUUUAGUAUAUUUUGUCUUUGCUUUCUUCACGUAACAAAAGAACGGAAGGCUGACUUCCUGUUUAGACCUUCCGUUCCAAGUCCCAAUUAAAUUCAAUUUCAAGUCCAAUUUAUUUAUUUAUUCACCAGUCUUAAAAGUAAUUCAGCUCUUCCAAGAUCAGGUACUCACGGAUAGAUGUUUUAGAUGCCAAAUUGUCCCAGGAAAAAGGCAGCGCUCUCCGGAAACGGCAGUGCGGCUUUGCUGCACGAAAGAAGCAGUCGACUCACAGCACCACGCACCUCCCACUCCGGAGCCCGUUACCGGGCUCCUGUACAAGGGGAGAGAGCGCUCACGGUGCCCGCUGAGUCCCACGUCCACAGGCUUCAUCCGCCU